UUCAUUUCUUAAUCCAGGCAAUCUAAAAAAAAAAUCAAAAUUAUCGAUAUUUUCUCAUAUUUAUGGAUAUGAAAAAGAAGUAGAGAAUUUGAAAAAAUAUCGUAUCAAAUCCUAUGGGCAUCGACCCCUCUCUUAUUUCGAUCAUUGGAACAAUUCGGCAAAAUAAAAAUCUGUAUUUAUAAUCAAUUUCAUUGGUCAAUUUGAAAUUUGAAUAAUCCUGGCAAUAAAACUAUUGCCAUUUAUUAUUUAUAGUGCAGAGUACAGAUAAAUCAAUCAAGGAUUCUACGGAUGUAGAUUGUAGAAUGGUGUAGAUUAUAAUGACCUUCAGCCAACCCAACGAUUCCAACCAACAUCUUGCAACGCUGUUUGAGGAUAAGGUGGAGGUGAACAUAUGGAAUUUUGUUUUUAAAUUGGAAUUUGGAACCAAAAAAUAAAUACAAAAAUAAUCUAGAGACCUUUGGACUGUUUAGUCGACAGUCAUGGUUCAGUCUUUAUUUUUAUUUUUCGAAUUGUUUUCUAUAUAAAAAUGUUUUUUAGUUUAUAAUUUUUUAAAUUAAAUUGUUGACAGUUUACUGCUUGAAAAUGAGUUUAAAUUUUAAUUAUUUGGGCAAUUCAAUGAAAGUUGUCAAACAAAUCAAAUACUUUAAAAGAUACUAUUCGGAACAAUUUCCUAAAAUCACUACACACUAUACCAUUCAUCCCAGGGAAAAGGAUCCGAGAUGGAAAGAUGUGAAUAUGGAAAGAUUUGUUGAUGAAACAGACAUUUUAAUUGUCGGUGGAGGCCCUGCAGGAAUGAGUGCUGCCAUUAGAGCCAAGCAAUUAGCUGAAAAAGAUGGAAAAGAACUGAGGGUUUGUGUAGUAGAAAAAGCCUCAGAAGUAGGGGGGCACAUUUUAUCUGGAGCCGUACUACAACCUACUGCCCUAAAUGAACUGAUUCCUGACUGGAAGGAAAAGGGGGCUCCUCUAAAAACUCCUGUAACUGAGGAUAAAUUUGCCUUUUUGACUGGCUCAGGUCGCAUUCCUAUUCCAGUAAUACCUGGUACUCCAAUGUACAAUCACGGUAAUUACAUCGUAAGACUAGGCCAUGUAGUCCAGUGGCUGGGCGAACAAGCUGAAUCGAUGGGAGUGGAAAUUUAUCCAGGCUACGCAGCGUCGGAAAUUCUAUACCACGAAGACGGUAGCGUUAAAGGUAUAGCAACCAACGAUGUGGGCGUGGCCAAAGAUGGUAGUCCCAAGGACAACUUCGAGCGAGGCAUGGAGCUACACGCUAAAUGCACCAUUUUUGCCGAAGGCUGUCACGGACACUUGUCCAAGCAAAUUAUCCAAAAGUUUAAUUUGAGGCAGAAUGCGGAAAAUCAGACUUAUGGGAUUGGUUUGAAGGAAUUGUGGGAGAUUAAUCCGGAAAAACAUAGGCCAGGAAGAGUGGAACACACUAUUGGUUGGCCCCUAAACAAAAACACAUACGGUGGCUCGUUUUUGUACCAUUUAAACGAUGAUACACCCCUAAUUGCAGUCGGAUUCGUUGUGGGGCUGGACUAUACUAACCCUUACAUGAGCCCCUUUAGGGAAUUCCAACGUUUCAAACACCACCCGUCUAUAAAAAGCUAUUUCGAGGAUGGAACUAGGGUGUCUUACGGAGCUAGAGCACUUGUAGAAGGUGGUUUUCAGAGUAUUCCAAAGUUAACGUUCCCCGGUGGUUGUUUGGUGGGGUGCGCUGCAGGUCUUAUCAAUUUACCAAAGAUCAAAGGGACCCAUAACGCUAUGAAAAGUGGUAUGCUGGCAGCUGAAAGCGUUUACGAGGCAAUUUCUGACCAAACGGUCAGCAUUGAACCAGUAAGCUACCAGGAAAAAUUCAACCAAAGUUGGAUUUAUAAAGAACUGAAAUCGGUAAGAAAUAUACGACCGAGCUUCCAUACAGCUUUAGGCUUGUAUGGUGGGUUAAUUUACGGUGGAUUUUCGACGUUACUCAACGGAAAGGAACCAUGGACGCUUAAACACGGCAAGCCUGAUCAUGAGAGGUUGAAACCUGCCAAAGAGUGCAAACCAAUUGAUUAUCCCAAACCUGAUGGCAAGAUUAGUUUCGAUUUACUAACUUCAGUCGCUUUGACGGGCACGAACCAUGAAGGCGAUCAGCCGGCUCAUUUAACUUUGAAAGACGACACUGUGCCAGUUACAAACAAUUUGGAGGUUUUUGAUGGACCUGAAGGGCGAUUUUGUCCAGCAGGUGUCUACGAAUUUGUUCCAUUGGAAUCGGGCGAGGGUCAACGUUUACAAAUUAACGCACAAAAUUGUAUUCAUUGUAAAACUUGCGACAUUAAAGAUCCUAGUCAGAAUAUCAACUGGGUGGUACCAGAAGGCGGCGGCGGGCCCGCUUAUAAUGGGAUGUAGACGAUUUUUAUUUAAUUUUUUUUAAAAAGGCUUGAAACUCUUGAAACUAUAAAAUUUAUUUAUAUAUAUAUAUAUACAACAUUUAUCUAUUUUAUUGUUAGAUGAUUUUACUGUUAGCUAAUAAGUAUAUACUUUUUUAUAUAAUAAAAUGUUAUUUUGUUA